AGUGAUAACACAAUGACGGAGGAGGUUAUGAAGAUAAGAGGGAGGUGGAGGAGGCAGAUUGCAAUUGCCGCAUUUGCACCUACCUGUUAUGUAGUUUGGAGGGCAAGGAAUAAGCUGAUUAAGGAAAGCUUUAGAAGCAUCUGGAACUCCUACCGUCCAAAAGCCUAGCGUUACUCUAACCCUGCGAACCAACCCUGAAUUUCAUCCCCUCCACCGCACCGCUAAGCUCGGCACUACAGCGUUCCUUCUCAUCCUUCACCGCGAAGUCAAGCCAUGGACGCCGCUAAGCUCAAUCAGCUGAAGGAUUUCAUUCAAGCGUGCAAGUCCGACCCCUCCAUCCUCUCCGACCCGUCUCUCGACUUUUUCCGUUCUUACAUCGAAAGCAUUGGCGGAAAGCUUCCUGCUGAAGCUUACAAGCAUGGAGAGUUUAAAGCGAAGUCUCAUGUGGUGGAAGAAAGCGAUGAUGAAAUGGGUGAUACAGCAACAGAAGAAGAGGAACCCGAAAUAGUAGAAUCUGAUGUUGAGCUGGAUGAGAGCUAUGUUGUGGAACCAGACAAUGAUCCUCCACAGCAGAUGGGAGAUCCCUCAGUAGAAGUUUCUGAGGAAAAUCGUGAUUCGUCUCAAGAGGCAAAAGCUCAGGCCAUGGAAGCACUUUCGGAAGGUAAGUUGGAGGAAGCAAUUGAUAAUCUCACAAAAGCAAUAACACUGAACCCUACUUCAGCUAUUAUGUAUGCUACUAGAGCUAGCGUGUAUAUCAAAAUGAAAAAGCCCAAUGCUGCUAUCCGAGAUGCAUGUGCCGCUCUAGAGAUUAAUCCUGAUUCUGCCAAAGGGUAUAAAUCACGAGGCAUUGCACAAGCUAUGCUAGGAGAAUGGGAAAAGGCUGCAAAGGAUCUUCACAUUGCUUCAAACAUAGACUAUGAUGAGGAGAUUAGUUCUGUACUGAAGAAGGUUGAACCCAAUGUACACAAAAUUGAAGAGCACCGGAGGAAAUAUGAUAGGAUGCGUAAAGAAAGAGAAGACAGGAGAAUUGAGCGUGAGAGGCAGCGCAGAAAAGCUGAGGCUCAGGCUGCUUAUGAAAGGGCCAAGAAACAAGAACAGUCAUCAUCUAGUAGAACUGGUGGCAUGCCAGGAGGAUUCCCAGCUGGCAUGGGUGGCGGUAUGCCAGGAGGGUUUGGUGGUUUCCCUGCUGGUAUGGGUGGUGGCAUGCCAGGUGGUUUCCCUGCUGGUAUGGGUGGUGGAAUGCCUGGUGGAUUUCCUGCUGGAAUGGGUGGUGGGGUGCCCGGUGGAAUGCCCGGUGGUUUCCCUGGAAACAUUCCCGGGGGGAUGCCAGGAAACAUUGAUUACAGCAAAAUAUUGAAUGACCCCGAACUAAUGGCCGCAUUUAAAGAUCCAGAAGUUAUGGCUGCUCUUCAAGACGUGAUGAAGAACCCUGCCAAUCUAGCCAAGCAUCAGGCAAAUCCCAAGUUAGCUCCUGUUAUUGCCAAAAUGAUGGGCAAAUUUGCCGGACCAAAGUGAGCGGUUUGGUUUGUCUCCUAUGAGCAUCUUGGUGGCACUUUCAAGUUUUUUCCCUUUGAUAUUUUUAUGAAAUGUAGACUUCCUUUCUCCCUUCUUUUUCUUCCUUGGGUUCCAUGAAAUUGUAAGACACAUGCAUGCAUUCAUUCCCAUGGAAUGUCCGGAUGUUUUUGUAAUCUUUGCUGAAAUUCUUCAUUUAACACCAUAAAAAAAACUAGAGGCAUUUG